UUUCAGGAAAAUUGCAACAUUAUUCUCAACAAUCACUCGGCAGAAUGAGGAAGCGUUUCGGACAAAUUCUAAAAAAUUUUUGUGGCCGCGUGCAAUGCGGUCGGUCGAGUCAGUGUUUGUUCGCUGUGAAUUUAAACGGGCGUCUUAACAGUCUCGUAUUUGUUUUCUAUCUUUUUGUGAAAAUGUGUUUUUCCUCUUUUAAACGUUCUCGGUAUUAAAUUCAGUGUUUCCUCCACGAGAUUUUGUAAUGAAGCCAUCAGAUGUUUUUCGCAUCUAAUAGUAAGCUUUGAGGUGCAAGACGCGGAACGGCGAUAAAAUGGCGGACAAUCAGCGAAGAAGACGGUACUUGACCAUCAGUAUACUCCACAUCGUCACCAUCAUGUGCCAGGCCCUGUCCGACCGACCGAUGUUCGCUGAGCCAAUACCGAACGUCACUGUGCCACUGGGAAGAGACGUCAGCUUGCCUUGCGUCAUUGAAAACCUCGGUAAUUACAAGGUAGCGUGGAUCCACGUGGACCGUCAGAUGCUGUUGACCAUCCACAAUCGCGUGGUGGUGAAAGUACCGAGAUUCUCCGUGUCCCACGACAACCAGAAGACUUGGCUGCUGCACAUCAACAACGUGCAGCAAGACGACAGAGGCUACUACAUGUGCCAACUGAACACGCAUCCGAUGAUAAACCAGGUCGGCUUCCUGCAAGUUGUCGUCCCGCCCAACAUUUUGGACUCCCUGUCUACCGAGAGCACGGUGGCCGUCCGUGAGAAUCAAAACAUCACGCUGACGUGCAAAGCGGAUGGAUACCCGACCCCGAAGCUGAUGUGGAAGAGAGAAGACGGCCAGAGCAUAAGCAUCAGCCGGCACAACAAGGUGCCCAUGUACGACGGCGAGCAAUUAAACUUGACGAGUAUCACGCGCACCGAUAUGGGCGCGUAUCUCUGCAUCGCGACCAAUGGCGUGCCGCCAACAGUCAGCAAGAGGAUCACCGUGGACGUCGAAUUCUCGCCGUUGAUCUUCGUGCCGAAUCAGCUGGUGGGCGCGCCAGCUGGCACGAACGUAACGAUCGACUGCCAGACAGAGGCUUACCCACGGGCGAUGAACUACUGGUUCCUCGGCGACGAGAUGAUACUGUCGAACGAGAAGUACACCACGACCACCCUGCGGAACAGCUACAGGUCUUACAUGAGCCUGACCAUAAGGAACCUGCAGCCCGAUAACUUUGGCAAUUAUCGUUGCAUCAGCAAGAACUCGCUGGGCGAGACCGAGGGCUCGAUCAGGCUGUACGAAAUGCCGAAGCCGUCCGCUGCACCGAAGGCGACAGAGAUCAGGAGCAGCGCCAACAACGAAGGACGACCGAGCACGCCGUCACCAGCAAAAAGGCCGACCACCGUGUGGCCAUCCUCGUACAACCCGUACUAUACGAAAAGGACAGAGAGGCCGCCACCCCCGAGCGAGGAGAGGGUGGAGAGGCCAGAGCAGAAGCUACGUAGUGGCCAGAGCACAGGAAGCGCGUACAUCAUAAGAUGGAGCGCCCCGCAGCUGAUGGUGGUGGCAGUGCAGUAUAUCCUCACGGGGCCCUAUAUGCCCCCGUACAUGCCCCAGACGGUGAAUUAG